AUGGCAUACUACCCGUUCUACCCAGCGAGGAUGAGAGACUUUCGCGUCAGUUCUCUGCUUGAAGGCUGCUCACAAUUCAUCCCUGGCGUGCCAGGAAGUAGCUCAUCGAUUUCGAACAAUUUAAACUCGAACGGCCCGUUCUCGUAUUCUCCGUACCAUCCACCGCAAAUAGCAAAACAACCUUCUCACUUCGGCCCAAGUGCUAUUCCUGGUCCUCCGCAACAAGUUCACAUGCCAGUUCACGAUUCGGAACACGAGAGUAUCGAUGUCAAUUUAGAAAAUAAGGAUCUAUGGCAGAGCUUUUACGAGGAGAAAACAGAAAUGGUUAUUACCAAAGCAGGAAGGCGUAUGUUUCCGCCAGUGAAAGUGCGCGUGACUGGUUUGGACCCUCGGGCAAAAUAUUUCUUUCUCAUGGACAUUGUCCCCGCUGACGACUGCCGAUACAAGUUCCACAAUUGUCGCUGGAUGGUGGCUGGGAAAGCCGACCCUGAGAUGCCUAAACCUCUCUACAUGCAUCCGGAUUCACCAAGCACUGGAGCGCAGUGGAUGCAGAAAACCAUUUCGUUUCACAAGAUGAAACUAACAAACAACAUCGCAGACAAAUACGGCUAUACAAUCUUGAACUCGAUGCAUAAAUACCAACCAAGAAUUCAUGUCGUAAGAGCGGAUGAUACUUAUAAACAUCCCUACAGCAAUUUUAAGACUUUUUCAUUUCCUGAGACGGCGUUUAUUGGAGUUACAGCUUAUCAAAAUGAGAAGAUAACCAAGUUGAAAAUCGACAACAACCCUUUUGCGAAAGGUUUUCGAGAACACGGAGCAGGUCAUCGAAGGCGUUUGGAGCGAAGGCAACGCAGCAACCCAGAACAUUCCCUAAAUGAAGAAGACGAUGUAAAUAACAGUGACGAGGACGAAGAUGGCAAAGAACCCGGCGUUCAUGGUUCUUCCAACGAAAUUCCCACCGGUUCACCGGUGGACGAAACCGCCUUGUCAGGUAUCCCAUCAUCCACUGAGGACAUAAAACCUGUCAUUCAAGUCGACAAGGGUCGUACCUGCUCUAACACUCUGACCCAUUCUCCCUCUCCGAUACCAAAGGCACUACCUGCGCCGGAGAUCCUAACGCAAAGUCAACAGUACAGCGACUUUUCCCGGUCAUCCAGUCUGCACAUCUCUGAAGACACCAAACCUGUGAUUUUGCCGACGAAUUCAAACGACACUGUAUCUUGCUCGGCUUCGUCCCAUCUGAAGCUACAGAGCACGCGAUCGAUGCAUAUGGACAUGCGAUACAGCCCAUACCCCAGACCUCCGUAUUCAAUGAGCGGAAUGCCCUCCAGUUUCCUUUCACAGCACGUACAUGGUCAUAUGUACCCGUCCUACAGCGUGCCACAAGUUGCUGCUUACCCAUCGUGUCAAGUGGGGCAGUCUUACCCACCAUGCACCGUAAACCAGCAAAAUUUCGGUUACCCUGCCUCGGUGUCUUCAAACAACCUGCUUGGACUAGGGAGCAGCACCGCAAGUUCGGACCUUACAUCGACAAUGGACUUACAUGGAUCGGCGGACAGGACGCCCGGAAUGGAACACAGAACGACGUAA